UAUUGACACAGCCUGGUCUCUGCGGUCAUCUGCUGAAAGCCGCUUUAUUGCUCCAGUCAAAUUAAACAAAUAGUCCAAACCUAGAGUCAUAAAUCAAACAUGUUUUGGGCUUUUUUUUCUUUCUCUUUUUUAUGGGCUUCCUCUGCGAUUCUCAUUUGCAGGCUUCGGGGCGCUGUCACGCCUGUAGGAGUCACUAAGAGCCUCUUUCUCCUUCCUCCAAACUUCAUUUCCUCCUCGUCCAACCAGAAAACUCGCUCCCCAAUUCAUCACAGGAACGGCGCGGAGCGGGCUCACAAAGUUGUCAGAAAAGAAACCAUCGGUUUGUGCAAGUCCCUGAUACUCAGUUUAAAAGCAGGACAGAAGAGGAAUACGGAACCAAACAGGUCCGAAAGUUUGAGCCAGAGCUGCUGCUGAAGUUUGCGCGGCGCUGAUUUCUGUCCAGCGGCGGUUUGUCCUCCUUCCUCUGGUCGGCUGACAGGUUGCACUGAGACGAGCUGAAGAAAGGAGACUGUUUAUUUCAACCAGACUCUGGACCCGCCCGGCCUGCGGCGCUGACGCUGGAUCUUCCUGUUUCUCACACUCCUAAAAAAAGAAUUCAAGAAGUGCAACAUGGCAAGAGGCUGCCUCUGCUGCUUGAAGUAUAUGAUGUUCAUCUUCAAUCUCAUCUUCUGGUUAUGUGGCUGUGGGCUGCUCGGCGUGGGCAUCUGGCUCUCUGUGUCUCAGGGCAGCUUCGCCACCUUCUCACCCUCAUUCCCUUCACUGUCAGCUGCCAACAUGGUCAUCGCCAUCGGCGCCAUCGUCAUGGUAACGGGCUUUCUUGGUUGCCUGGGUGCCAUCAAGGAGAACAAGUGCCUGCUUCUGAGCUUCUUCAUUGUCCUGCUGAUAAUUCUUCUGGCGGAGCUGAUAUUGCUCAUCCUGUUCUUUGUGUACUCAGAUAAGGUGAGUGAGAACGCGAAGCAGGAUCUGAAGGAUGGGCUGGCGCUCUACAACUCAGAGAACAACAUCGGCCUGAGGAACGCUUGGAACAUCAUCCAGGCGGAGUGGAAGUGCUGCGGUGUGAUAGCGUACACCGACUGGCACGAGGCCCUGAAGGAGAAGGUGGUUCCUGACCGCUGCUGCCAGGAGCAUUACCAGAACUGUGGGCGUAACUCCACCAACAUGUUCUGGAACAGGGGCUGUUUCGAGAAAGUGGAGGAAUGGCUGGACGAUAACAAGCAUCUGCUGGGAACCAUAGGGAUGGUCAUCUUGGUGGUGCAGCUCCUGGGCAUGGCGUUCUCCAUGACACUGUUCCACCACAUCCACAGAACGGGGAAGAAGUACGACGCUUAGCCGAGGGCGGAGGCGCCCAGCGGAGACGAGCCCCGCUGCCUGAUGGGAUAAGACUCUGAUUUAAACAUCCCUGCUUCCCCCUCACUUUACAACCUCUUUAGAGCAUCCUUUGCCCAGCCUUCUCCUCCCUCCCCAGACCUUCUGUACAGAUCCCGGCUGUGUUCCCGCUCUGUUCUGCUCUCUCCUCUCUCACCAAUCAUUUUGCCAAAGAGUAACACAACUGGAAGAGAAGGGACACCUACUUUUGGCAAGGAUAUAAGAGAAUCCCAUUGUUUGUAACUCCUCUUGAGUACUCCUCAUUUUUAUUUUUUUAUUUUCUUUGCUUGGACUAACAACUUGCUGGAAGGAAGGACGAACUCUUGAGACAAUGAAGACUUUACUAAUGCCCACACACCCCUCUGUCCAAGGCGAAGAGAACCUAUGAAACUGAAGCAGCCUCCACCUCUCGUGGAGCUUUAUUCUUCUCCUCGUGUAGAUUAAAAUCAAUCCCCCUUGUAAAUGAGAAAAAAACAAAAAAGAUUUAACAUGGCAUGCUAGUUUUCUACUCCACUGACUUACCUUUGUCGUCAAAAUGUCUGUUGUUGCCAUUUUGGUUUGAAAUUUCCAGCUUCUUCUUUCUGUUUUUUGGGUUGUUGUUUUUUUUUUAAAGUCCGUCUUCAUGGCUCCUGUGGAAUGUAAGAGUCGGACAGAUCGGUGCUCUCAGACAUGCAGGACUGUAAGGGUUGGAUUUGACUACGACGAGGCGCACGAUGGUUUUCAUGUAAAUCCACGGUUCGCAUUAUUUUUUUUCCCCUCCGGCUGUCGAGGUUUGGUUAAAGCGAGAAGCGCGAUAGAGGCACGUCAUGCAAGCGUUAGGAAUCGUGAGUGGAUUUAUUUUCUACCAAAUUCUGCAGUGUCUUCUGAAUAACAAAGUGUAACGCACAAAACUCCCUGCAAACGCACACGUGUGCACGCACGCCUCACAGCGGCGGCGGCGUUCCCUGAGAGACGAUACAAACGGUGUAAAAUGGCUGUUUAUUAGGGCUCCACCAGCGCUGUCAGCUGAGGAGAUCUGGAUGAUGAAGGUCUUCCUUGGAGAAUACAGUGUGUGUGUGUGUGUGUGUGUGUGUGUGUGUGUGUGUGUGUGUGUUCAAGCUGCAGAGGAAAAAAUAAAGAUAGAAAGAAAUAAACGGCACACGGGAGCGCUGAGAAGCAAGGGCAGGAAGGCUAAAACCGGAGGAGACGUGUUGUCUCGCCGCUGCCAUCAUCAGCGUCAGCAGCCGUUCUCCUCCAUGUUCUUAAGAUCUCAUCCAUUCGCUCUGCCCUCCUCAUUCUUUCUCUCUCUCUCUGUGGCUGUCAGCUCACCCCUGCCUCCAUCCUUCUUCUUUACACCCUAAUUUUCUCCCUUCAUGUCAGAAAGCAACGAGUUUCACGCUCCGCACUGCGUCCGUCUCUGCUGACAUUCCCCGCUCAUUACGCUGUUGCACCUCCGGUUUUGCGACUUCUCGGUUUUUACGUAAGCUUCCUUUUCUUGCCGCCAAGAGACGAGGGGGUUGGGGGGGAGGUGUGAGUGUAGGCAGAUCAAAGAGACAGAUAGGUACGGCAACAUACGCUGCAGGACAUGUCGGUUUAUGUCUUCUUAGCGCUGAUUCGCUGCAGGAGGCCUCAGAGUGAAGCCUUCAUCCUGGAGACGGAGAAACGCUCUCUAUCUGCUGUGGUGACUUACAGAGAUGCCCUCCAGUGUGUUUGCUCUUGGCUUCGACAUCUCUGACGAGGUUUAAAUGAAACAGCUCAAUGUUAAAGGAUCACUUUGAGCGUCAUUAGGUUAUGUUCGGUCACAUGUUGCUCCCUCCUGAGUAAAUGCAUUUAGACAUGUGAGAAGACAGCUGCAUUAUUUUAAGUCCCAAAAAACAAAAAAACAAGCAGUCAAGCCAUCAGACAGGUUGUAAACAAGGCAGCGGUUCAACCCAGAUUAGCUGCUUAAUUCAGAGCGUGUCUGCACAUCCACACCGAGUGCAGCGCAGGUCACUGCUGAAUUAGAAAACCAGUUAGGAAAUCCUAAUGGAUGUUUACGCCGGGCUGCUCGGUCAGUGGCUCCAAACCAGGAACAGCUCUGGUUGCAUUUUAAACACAAAAGAUCAAAUCCACCAAGGAAGGAAAAAAAGACAUCUGUCUGUUUCAUUUCCGACGCUCAUACCUUCCUCUUCUUACAACUCUCAGUCUUCCUAUUAGUUGCCUCUCUGCCGUCUUGGUUUUUGAUUUUCUGCCGCUGCGGCUCUGACUCUUCAUUGUCCUCAUUUGCCACACAGCCUGGCUUCCCUCCAUCUGGCUCGGCUUCUGUUUGAUUAGAGAUCCAUCCACUUUUAUUGUUUUUGCACUACAUGUUAGUGAGACCGAGCGAGCACAGAUUGGCGGCGGUUGCCUUCCCUUAAGUUCAGGAGCCAUUAUUUAGGAAAGUUAGCCCAAACAUGAAGGAAGAAAGUUUGGUUCUUCCAGUGCAGCACAAAGUAUGCAUAAUGUGGACGUGUUUUAAUCAGAACUCGCUGCAGCGGUUUGUCAGGAGCAGAGAGUUUGCACCGGUCCAGAGUUUACAGCCUCUACUGCCAUCUCAUGCAUGGCUGCUGAAGCUGAUUUUAGCUUCCACGGGAGCCUCCGAUUAAACUUUUAUGAGCCACAGAAGGUUUGCAGUGGCUGCAUUCUGAAAUUUUAACCAAAGUAAUGAUUGGUCCAAACCUCGACACUCAGACGCUGUUCAUUUCUGCAAAGAACAGGAAGUGACCCAUCGAGAUCCGCUCGUUAGGCGUCUUCCCGGCCUGGCAGAACCUCAGACUGUCUGCUCAAGUCACUGUUGGCGUUUUUUUAAUUGGUUUUCUGAUUAUUUAAUCCGAGGGGCGGUUUUCGGGAGAAGAGGGGUUCGUGCAUCGGGAAGCAACAAACUGGGAUCUGUGAUGUGCAGCGACCCCGCCGGCUGCGAUACACUGUCUGCCCCCAUAUGCUCUGACUCCUCUUGUUGUGUCCACGGGGGGAAACAUGACAGCUGCUGAUGUACAGCACAGGCACGAGUGGUCACAUCUCCUCUGCUUGGCUGCCUCUGCAAACUCUCUGCACAGCCCCGUGUUUAAUGCCUCACUCUGCAGACACCUGGCGCUGCAUAUACAGCGGCUGGCGGUCCUGACACUUCAGCAAUACAGCCGUGCUUCUUGGACAGCUCAGAGCACCUGUUGGGGUUAUUCUGCACCCAGGAGAGGUUUACGGGCGGGGUGGCUGUAACGGGCCCGUAAAUGGGAUCCGCUCUGCACACAGGAAGCUUAGAGGGAACCUGAGAUUUAAAAAUACUAAAAAAAACAAACCUUCAGACGCCGAGGUCACAGAAGGAAAUCGUGAGAAUGGUGGAAAUAAAACAAAUCCAGUGUGUCUCUGAGUCUGACGUCACCCUUCAGAGACGCCGCCUGCAGACUCUUUGCCCCGACUGAUCCGACUGUGCCGACAUUCUGACAUUUCCUCUUCGCUAAAAGUCCCCUUUCAGCUCCUCUGCUGCCACCGCCGUUUCCGUCAGCGUUCCUUUCGUGUUUGUAGGAUGCAGGGAUGAAUGGCGUUUUAACAAAAAGCUGUUUAAUGAUGUUAUUUUUGUACAUUGGUCGUUGCUGUUUUAAUGUUUGUUUUUAUACGAUAUACUGCUGUUUCUCAUGUCCUCGGCCCGUUUUUACUGGCUGCUUCUUCUUCUUUUUUUUUUUCCUUUUCAUUUGUGACAGAGGCUCAUUGUGGCCCAUUGUGAGAACAUGACACCAUUAAGCAUUUGUUUCUUAGAGGAUUAGUCUUUGCAGUGUUCCUCUGCUAGGUGCAAAAAUGCCUUUCUGUCUUAACACUGCUACAGGCAGUUAAAUCAAUUAAGUCAGAAUUGAUAGAGGGAGAAAAUUUGGCAUAGAGCAUCGGGUGAAGCCCACAAAAGACAUACUGCACGCUUGUCGUCGUGCUUCUCUGCAUUAAGGUCUAGUUUAAUUAAAUUAGGAUGUGCGGGUAUAAUCUGCAGUAUGUCUUUCAAACUGCCGGUGUAAGGCCCAUUAUGUGUUUCUAGAGCAUGAUCUAUUAGACGCCACUGUACAACAGAGCUCAUGUCACUCCAGUAUAUCAGCCCUGUAUGUUAACCCCACAUGUAAAUAGGCUCAGAUGUGACUAACUGUUAUUACAUUUACAUUGACAGCUUCAUUUUCAUAACAAGCCGCGCUGCUGUUGUUUUUUUGUUUCCUGCUCAUUUACACACGUAUCCUCCGCUCUACAGUUAUCCAUAUUUUUCAUGUUUGCUAGUUUUUUCUGCCGCUUUCAAGUCCAGGAGCAGUGUACAUUUUAUGUAAAUUUGUGUUUUUGUCACUAUGUUGUUGUUGUUUUUUUUCCUCUCUCUCCUAUUUUAUUUGACUGCAUUUUCAUCUUGAAGUGAAACAAUAUUUUUUCAUGAAUUAUAUUUUUGAAGAAGUUCAAAACACGCCCUCAUCACAUAGAAGAACUCCCAGAAGGACGCAGUAAACGAAGAGCGCACACGCAGCGAUUGGGUUUGUCUGCCGUGAUCAAAUUUGAACAUAGAAACAGGUUGGGUUUUUAUUUUUAAUAUUUAUUUUCUUUGCCACCUUCGACAUAUUAUUUCUGUAAUCUCCUCCUAAUCCUUCCCCCGUGCUAAAGCUGAAUAUCUGAGCAGUGGAAAUGUAUGCUCUAGAAAUGCUGUGUUUGAUGUUGUGUUCUGCUGGGCGGCGCUACCUGAUACCUGCCAGCCUUGUCCUGUGGAGUUUUACUGCUACACGUGAAAGCACUCUGAAUAUCUAUACUAGGUGGUGCACUACCUUCUCUUUAUUCUCCAAAUCAACUAUUUUUUAAAUAAAGGAAAGAGUGUCACAAAACAAUCCCACGACACCGUUCGCUCAUUGCCUUUCGUGUUUAAUGACUCGAUGCUCCUGAUGUGUUCCCUCUUUAUGUCGCCGUCGGUUCUAUGGGCAGCGUUUAGGCGCUGUUUGAUUCUGAUGAUUCGGAGGAAGCUGCAAGACUUGGCAUGAAGAGCAAAGUGAAGCCGCGUCACAGCAGAUCCCACGGUGCGUUCAAUGAAAGACAUCCCUGCCUUAAAAUGGCUUCUUUUAACAAAAUUAAAAACACAACAAAACCUGAGGGACUGUUGUCCUAAAGAUGAGCUGAUGGUAGUCAGCCAGUCGAGCAGACGGUUUUAUCAGAAGAACAAAAGGGAGAUGAUGAUGAUGAUGAUGAUGAAAGUGGGAACCGUUGCCAGUUUGGUGCUUGGACGGCGUGGAGCGAGCGGCGCAGGGUUUUUGUACGGAGCUUGAUCCUCCUCCCUUUUAACCUAAUUGUUCUGAGGCCCGUGUGUGAUAGUGAGUGGAGUUUAUUGUGCCAUUCCACCCUGGCUUUCUGUUCGACAUCACUGUUCCUUCUAUGCAAAAAUAUGACCUAUUUUAGCCUUUGUACAGAUUAUUUUGUAUGAGUAACAUGUACUGAAAUAAAGUGAACAGAAUCAAC